UCCCCAGCAAUUACACCGAUCGACCUCUCUCUCCAAUGUCGCAGGAGGAAGUCAAAGGGGAAGCACCAGCCCUCAUAAAUGCCGUCCGAGACUCGCUGUCGGGCUUGAUUACUGAUCCCUAUCCGUACGUCCCCAAUCCUGAAAGCUGCAAACGGAGAGCUUCAGUCGCACUCGUCCUACGUAUACGACCACAUUACGAGCAUUGGCCUUCCACUUGCCUUGCGCAGGCAGAUAGCACAUCUCGGGAAGCUUUCGUACAACAGUUCUUCGAGCAAUCAUGGGUCCAACAUGGAGAUCCAGAAGUUGUAUUCAUUAAGCGGGCUGCUCGGGUGGGAGACCGAUGGACGUCCCAUGUUGCUCUGCCAGGCGGGAAAAGGGACCCGGAAGAUGAAGACGAUAAAGCUGUUGCUAUCCGAGAGACUUCCGAGGAGAUAGGCUUGGAUCUCACGUCUGAAGAUGCAUUCUUUGUAGGUAAUCUGCCGGAGCGGGUAGUGAGCACAAGCUGGGGUAAAGUUCCAAUUAUGGUUCUCUGCCCUUUCGUGUUCCUCUGGACCCAGCCAGAUCUACCUCCAUUCCAUCUUCAGCCUACAGAAGUAGCCUCGACACAUUGGGUCCCUCUUCGAAUUCUACUCUCACCAUCCUCACGAACCUGUGAAUAUGUUGAUGUGUCCGAUAGAUUUGCUAGGAGAGGAGGAGCUGCGGUCAAGGCUAUCAUAAGAUCUAUCCUGGGGAAAAUGCAGUUCUCCGCCAUUCGACUGUUACCCUCCGAGUCGCUAUUUUGCAGCUCAACUGCGGAAUAUUUUAAUCCUCCUGAAGAGAACGAGGAGGUAGAGUCAAAAUCGAUCACAAGCAAACUAUACAGUUGGUACCUUGGGGACCAUGCGGGGUCAGCAGAAAAAACAAGACCAUUACUACUGUGGGGUCUAACAUUGGGUAUACUGGCCGAUUUCCUGGAUCAGUUGCCUCCCUACAAUGCCGUACAAUUAUGGGCAUAUCCGACAUUCACGUCUGUUGAUGUACGGUGGAUUAUCAAUGCACUUACUUUCUCGCUGAAAAGGAGGAAUCGAAGUCGCUUGCAAGGCAAUCAAACUGCAGUAGAUGACAGUACCGAAGCUGUAGCUACAGGGGAUAAUCCUUGGUUUAUUGGAGGUUUGAGUGAUGGUAUGAAACCAUUGAGAAGAGAACCAAACGCAAAGAAGUCUUAUGCGGUUGGCGUUAUGCUAGAGGGAUAUUACGACAUGGCAAGAAGAGGUGUUUGGAUGGCAGCAAGUCUUAGAUUCAUUGCAGCUUUCGUUCUGGGAUACCACAUCAUGAAGAGGUGUAGACAACGGGUAGGUCGAUACGCUUGAAGAAUGCAUGAUCAUCCUGAUUAUAGAAUGCGGUAGUACAAGGCUGAAAAUUGAGAUCGGUGGAAAGCGAGUUUGCUCAGCAGCAAUUUCGACUCAGGAUCAAUAGAACGAAAUCAGAUGCAAUCAUGCACUUAAUGUAAAGUACCUAGGGUAGAAAUGCUCCUCUUGAUGGUUUUACUAGCUCGCGUUUGUCAGCCUUGCAGGUUAAUGUCACAACGUCAUGACCUCAACGUCACAGCUUCCAUCGGAGCACAUAUAACUCGAUAGAUGAAAUAUUCC